UCUGUGAUCAUGGCUGCACUGGACCACACCAGCCAUGUUUGCUAAUUUAAAACCCAAAGGUUAGGGAAUAGUUGUUUAUUAUUUACCCGUGUGCCAUCCUCACCCACAUAUCUGCUUAGACGAAGGUUUAGAAGUCUCUGCGCCUUCGAAAUCCAAGGACUGAAAGGUUGGACAGCUUUAUCUGGAAUAUCAGCGAAACUUUUGAUGGUGGCGGUGUGGGCAGAUGAUGCUCUGCGAAAAUGGUCUGUGUGCGUGCGGCGUAAACAAUGUAACUUCAUUUGGCUGCUAGCUAACGUUAGCCCGUGAACAAAAGGGGAGCACGCCUCCAUCUGUUAACAAAUGGAGUCAAAUAAUCAUUUCAACUAUGGCACCCACUCCUCAGCUAACUCAGGACUGAAACUCUCAGGGGAUUCUCUUUAUACUAACGGGUCCUCCAUGAGUUUUCCUCAGCAGGGGAAGAAUAUGAAUGGCGAAAUGAAUGUGAAUGGCGUCACUACUGUACUGGGCUCUGGUGUGCCUGCUUCCCACCCGCCAACUGCUCCUUAUCCACACAUGAGCAACCACCACCAGGGCAGCAUGGGCUAUGACUACCUGUGGGGAGGGCACCCUCAGUACGGUCCAGCCAUGGGCUCCUCCUCUGGGCACGGGAUGCACCAGAAGCAGCCUGCUCCCGGGAUGGUUCAGCCUCAAUCACAGCAUCACUUCCAGGGACACGGACAAUACCAACUGAACGGGGCUAUUGAAGGCUCCCAUCAGCCCCCUGUGGCAGGCCCACCGAACAUGCCUCUUACUGGGAGUCAGUACUGGAACAGGAGUAACCCUGGCUCACAGCAAAUGGGUUAUAACUCCCACAGUAUGUAUGGGAGCUACCAGAGUCAGGCGCAUCCUGGAAUCACACCAUCACAGCAUCACCAGCAGCAGUCCUUACAACCUCCCUCACAUCCACCGUCACAGCAGCACCUCCACUCCCAUCGCCACCCUCACCAACACCACCAGCAGCACCAGCAACCACAGCAUUAUGGCAUGUUACCUAAUGGGAUGCCGUACUACCAGCAUCAACCCCAGCACCCGUCCCUGCCAUCUCCUCAGCAGCAGCAGCCACCACCACAGUCUCAGCCCCAAAGCCAGGCUCAGAUGAUUCCCCCUGCUGCUCAGAAUUUUACCCCACCACGUGGCAGCCCACAGCACCACAGCUUAGGCAGAGGGGGUACAGGAAGCCCCCUCCCUGUUGGGAUAUCCUCAGCACCAGUGAUCUCAUCAUCAACAGUGCAAGAGAGUGGAUCACCCAAGGGUCACAGCAGGGAGCGGAGCCCUCAUGCUAGCACUGUGGGAGUAUCUUCUGUCGUUCAAGGCCACACAAGAGAGCCCAUCAAGGAGGUAGACACCAGUUUCAAUGGCACAGAAAGGGCAUCUGUUUCUCAAAGGCUGGCCAAAAGUGACAGUCACCCAGCCAACAUUGCUGGACCUACAGGUGAUCAUCGUCAGCCUUCUGAACAGCCAACAGCUCCACAGCAGCCAGAAAUGUCUCCUCCUGUCAGAGAGUUAGCCAUGAAAACAGCACCUCAGUCCUUUUCCUCUCAGCUCUCUGCUUCUGCAGCAGUGUCGACGUCUACAACCAGGGUCUUGACACCACCUCGUGUAUCUGCCACGCCCGCGGUCUCCGAAUCUUCUGCGUCUGCACUUCGGCCUCCUUCAGUGUCAUCCCCUAAUGUUGAGUCUGCUCCAGCAAAAAUCUCAACACCUCCUCUAAUGAUGCAGAGCCCUUGGCCUCCCACUUCUGCUGCGACUGAUUCAUCUACGAGUGCAUCCAAGCAUCGAUCAGCAGGGUCCUUUUCCUCAUCCCUACCUGAAUUACUUCCUGCUUCUGCUGAUGCUGUGUCUAAACCUACAGUUUUCCAGUCCAUUGCUCAACAGAACAAGUCCUCAUUGCCUCCUGCAGCUUCAAGACCUCCUAAUACUGCCUCCCCUCCUGCCCUAGUGCCCACGUCUUCUUACUCAGUGUCUGCCCCAAUCUCAUCUCUUCAAAGGAUGGUACAAGGGUCCAAACCACCUCUGCUGACAUCUUGUUUUCCAGACAAAUAUGGAAGUCAACAUGAAAAGCCUGGACCUCCCAAAUUAUUGUCAACUUCCUCAGUAUAUGACGUGACACCACCUAGUCUGUCUACAUCUGCUUCUCCAAAUACUGCAUCAAAAGCUCCUCUCAGACCCUGUGAUCCAGCAGCUCCCCCUAAGCGUCAGACAGAUACUCCACCAGCUGCUGACUCUGGUCUUCCCACUGCCUCUGCAGCUUCAUUACCACCUUCAACCAUGAACCUCCCCUCAGCCCAGGAAAGUCCCACAGCCCGACCUCUGUCCACCCUACCUCUUCUAACCACUCAAGCCUCCAGGACUGCACCCAUGUCCGGCCCUCCUGCCUUGGUGUCUGUGCUGUCAGGGGUGGCCCGAAGUACUGGCACCAUGCAGCAUCCUCCUGAUGCCACUGCUCCUCACCUUCUUAAGUCUCCAGUGUCAGAGCAUCAUGGUCACAGCGAGGAAAUUAAAGCAUUUAAGGGAAAUGGGAAACCAGAAGAACACCUCCCUCAGCUUGAUUCUGCAAGGAUGUUACAGAAAGUUGAAGCUGCUGAAAAUAAAAAAUGUGAGAUCCUUACACCCAAAUCCCUCCCAGAUCUUCCUGAAAAACCCAUGCAGACCAUAGUCUUUGAACCUGAUCAGAAGCCCAUGAAAGAAACUGAAAAGCACCACAUGAAAAGUGUGGAUGAUUGUGAGGCGAAAGUGGAACAAACGCCACAUAAGUCCCCACACCUUCAUGUGACGAGAGAAGAGACGGACGAGGAAAGUUUUACCUCUUCCCAGUUCGACACCUCCUCUGAAGUUCAUGUCAGCUCCGUUUUGGAGAAGACGUCUCAUGAAGACGAGAGCUUGUGCAUGGAUGACUCUUCACACUUUGACAACAGCGUCUUCUCCAAAAACGACACUUCUCAGUUUGAAAGCACUGAGGAACCAUCCACUGCAUUAGACACCACUCAAGACAGCUGCUCCUCUGCAGACAAUUCCAGAGAUGACAUGUUGGACUCCACCAGGGAAAGAGAAACGUCUGAGGCAGAAGAGACCAAGGAUAGCUGUCAGCUCCCAGGGGACUCCAUGCUGGAGUCUUCUCUGGACGACAGCUCUCAAGUGGGGGAGCCCUCUGUGGACUGCAGUGACGUCUCCAACUCAGGCACAUUUGUGUCAGCUCAGCCAGGUCACCAAGGCCCAGAAGCAGAGUGGGAACCCAGUGGACAUGAUACACCAGAUUCGGUUGGACGUAUUACCAAAAAGACCACACUAAAUGAAACAUCGACUCCCCUGAGUUUUAAGAUGAGAGAGGAGAACUUCAUAGCCUUCAGUACUCCAGCAGAGGGCCCCGCUGUCCACCCACUCCAACCAGUGACUGAUCAGACUGAGUCAGCUGCUGAAGGCCAGCUGAAAACCCCAGGGAAACCACGCAAACCUCGAACUCCUAAGGCAUUAUGGACAAAGAUCCCAGCUCCAGACCAGCCCCCGCGGAAGCGUGGCCGAAAACCUAAAGUGAAGGUCGAAGAGGAGGGAGUGACUAAGGUAGAGAAAAAGAGGGGCAGAAAGAGGAAGAAGCCUCUCAUAGUAGAUGGUACAGAAACAGCAGAUGUAUCUGGAGGGGCUGGGCUUCCCGCAGAAGAGGUUGACAGCAUAACAGCCACAAUUGAAGCUGUUCUGGCUAACACCUCAGCCAUUGACACAUCAUUGGAGAAACCCAGGAAGAAAAGGAUCAGGAAACAAGAACAGGAAGGAAACCUUGAAAAAACAGCAAAACAAGAUGAAGAAAAGACUGCAGAUGAUGCUGAUGAAAAUGAUGAGGACAGCUCCACUGCAGGGGAAUCUAAAGGACGGAGGGUCGCAACUGAGGAGCAGGUUCAGUUUCCACUGCAACAUGGCUGGAAGAGGGAGAUCCGUGUGAAGAAAUUUGAGAACCGCAUGAAGGGUGAAACCUGGUAUUACACACCUUGUGGAAGGAGGAUGAAGCAGUUCCCGGAGAUAAUCAAAUACUUGAAGAGGCACACUGACAGCGUGGUCACCAGAGAACACUUCAGCUUCAGCCCACGCAUGCCUGUUGGAGAUUUUUAUGAAGAAAGAGAAACUCCUGAGGGUAUGAAGUGGACCCUCUUGGCCAAUGAGGAAGUCCCCUCUAUGAUCAUGGCCAUCACUGGUCGGCGAGGUCGACCUCCAAACCCUGACAAAGAGAAACCUCGCAGGGUUCGUGGAUUGAAGGGAGGGCAGGGCCGCCGCCCAGGAAGACCUCCCAAAGCCAAGAUGGUUGACCUCCUGAGCAAAGUUGAUGCCAAGCUUUUGAAGCGGCUUGAGGCCAAGGAAGCUCUAACAGAGGAGGAAAAGGAGAAGCUUGCAAAAAUCAAAAAGAAAAUGAAGAGAAAGGCAAGAAUGAAGAGAAGGGAGGACGCAAAGAUUAAGAAGAUAAAACUGGAAAAAAAGAAGGCCAAGCUUGAGCAAAAUGCCAGGGACCUCGAGCUGAAGACUGAACCAAGCGACCCAUCUGCCCCAUUGGUCCCACAGCCAGCACCAGGGUCUGCUGCAGAGCCCAAGAAGCCCGGUCGCAGGAGGACGGUCAAAGUUGAGGCUCCUGCUCCAGUACAACCGACUGAUGAGGAGAGGAUAGCCCAGGGUAAGAGGGUGCUGGGCGCUCGCAGUAAAGCCAAGGCUCUGGCUAAAGCCCAGGCUGAGGCAGAGGCCGCAGCUCAGGCUGCUCAGGCAGCUAAGAGGGCAGCAGAGAGGAGAGCGCAGGCCCAGAGACGUGUAGAAGAGAGGAGGAGGCAGCAGCUGAUCGCAGAGGAGCUGAAGAAACCCACAGAAGACAUGUGUCUCACUGACCACAAACCCCUUCCAGAGCUGUCUCGUAUUCCUGGUGUGGUUCUGUGUGGCACAUCUUUUGCACACUGCCUGGCUGUGGUCGAGUUUCUUCAUGGCUAUGGGAAAUUGAUCGGCCUCAAUGUACCAAAUGACAUCCCUAGCCUUGCUACGCUGCAGGAAGGCCUCUUAGGUCUGGGUGACAGCCAAGGAGAAGUGCAGGACCUGCUGAUAAAGCUGAUGGAAGUUGCACUGCAUGAUCCAGGCCUGCCAUCUUAUUAUCAGUCGGUGAAGAUCCUUGGUGACAAGCUGGUUGAGCUGGAGCUGACACGCAGCACUGUCUCGGAAGUACUACGGAUCUUUCUAGAAGCGUACGGUUAUGAUACAGAAGUUUGCAACACACUGAGGACCAAAACAUUUCACGCCCUGCCUCCUGACACCAAGGCUGCCAUCUUGGGUUUCCUGGUUGAAGAGCUUAACAGUAGCAACAUUGUGACAAAUGAUAUUGACAACACUUUGGAAAACAUGACAACCUACAGGAAGAACAAAUGGAUCAUUGAGGGGAAACUGCGCAAACUGAAGGUGAUUCUAGCACGCCGCACGGGACGCUCGGAGGAGGAGCUGUGCUUUGAGGAGAGGAGGCGCAGUGCCAGAGUGGCCGAGGAGGAGAACCUCAAUCUGGAGGAGAGCGGCCUCAUCCUUGACAGGGGCAGCCGUCGAGCACGCAAAGAAGAACCCAAACUCAGUGAUAGUGAGAGCCCUACAAAUGCCAGCAUUCCAGAGCUUGAAAGGCAGAUAGAUAAGCUAACUAAGCGGCAAGCAUUUUUCCGCAAAAAGCUGCUUCAGUCGUCUCAGUCCAUGCGAGCCUUGAUGCUGGGCCAGGACCGGUACAGACGCAGAUAUUUGGCUCUACCUCACCUUGGAGGAGUUCUGGUUGAGGGGCCAGAAGAGCUGCUGACUUCUGGAGAUGUUCUUGUAGCUGAAGUUCCCGUCACCUUCUUUAAAAAGGAGCCCAAAGUCGAAGAGACCACCAUGCCUACCACUCCCCCUCCCCUUCCCUCUCCCCCUCCAGCUCUACCUUCCUCUCCUUCCCAAGCUCCCCUCGCCCAGACUGAGCCCUUCUCUCCAGAUGACGACCCCCUCCCUGGCACUGCCUCCCUCAUGAGCAGACCACGAGGACGAGGGCGCCCCAGAAAAAUCAAACCAGAAGUGGAGCUUCACCUCCGCACGGCAAAGAUUCGCCGCCGGCGUCGGAGUAGCAUCCGAUCUGGAGGGGAAGAAGGACCCGGAUCACCGAACUGCGGAACACACGACCUCACGCAAACUGCUUUCCAGAACUGGCUCAGCCAAUCACAGGAAGUGGUGACCAACGGCACAUGCUCAGCAGGUGAUGCUCCAGAGGGGAACCGACCGGAGGAGAGUGUGAAGGAGAUGGCAGAGAAACAGGGACAGUGGUUCAAUCUGCUCCCCAAACAACCGUGUGAUGAUAACUCUCUGACUGAGCCACAGAUACCAAAUGCAACAAGCCCACCCAGAUCACCCCCUCAGCUCCUCCCUCAGCUCCCAAGUGUACUGCCUGCACCCACUACUCCACAUGUGCAGUCUCUUCCUACUCCUCAGCCGCUCGUGCCAGGCUCGACCCCUGCUGACCCUGUGACAGCAGCAACACCACAGGACGUCCCCCCUACUACACCCACUCCUGCUGUUCCUGUUUCUGCCCAGCCACCACUUCCUCCUCAGCUUCUUCCAGCAUCCCUUCCUUCCAGUAAGCCUGCUCCAAAUACUCCUGGCAGGCCAGGUCGUAGGCGGAGAAGAGGCAGCAGAGGCAGCAGUCCCGCCCGCAGAGGGCCGAGAGGAACAGCAGCUAAACGCCGCGGUCGACCUCCAAACGCUGUGUUCCAGGAGCUCGAGCAGCAGUACUUCACACAGCUGGUGGUCAAACCCAUACCAGCAUCUAUGGUGCGGGGCUGGUGGUGGAUCAAGGAUCCAGAAGAACUGUACAACACCUUACAGGCUCUCCACCCGAGGGGCAUCAGGGAGAGGGUGCUCCACAAGCAUUUGGCCAAACACAUGGAGAGUUUGGCUGAGAUGUGCACCAAACCUAUCAACGACCCCAUGUUUGAUUUGAAGGUAGAGGAGAAGGAUGCACUGAUGGAGGCUCUACAGCAGCCAUGGCAAGUGCAGGAGAAGGCAAUGGAGACUGAUAUCUGUGCUCUGCAGUGGGUGGAAGACCUGGAGCAGAGGGUCAUCGCUUCUGACCUACACCUCAAGGACCUCAAGGCCCUUCCCCAGGCUGCAGUAAAUGAAGCUGAAUCUAACGGGGAGACACAGCUGGCAGAAUUCCAGCCUUACACAAUACCAGAUCCAGACUCCACACGAGACGAUCUCCAGUACUACGAGCACGAUGCCGAUCCAAAUGACGACUGGAUUGUGCGGACGAAGAAGGAGUGGUCAGGCCUGCCACGCAUUGCCACACACCCGUUGGAUUUGGCCGUGCUGCGGUUGGCUAAUCUGGAGCGAAACAUUGAGAGACGCUAUCUGAAGGAGCCACUGUGGAACCCAGCUGAGGUGAUGCGACUCGCUCCUCUUACCCCCACCCCGGGAGAGGAAAUAACCAUGGAUGUCAUCAGCCUUGAAAGUGAGAUCACGUCUCGGCUCAGAACGUGGCGGCAGGCUCUGGAUCGCUGCCGUAGUGCCCCACAGAUCUGUCUGUGUUUACUUCAGCUGGAGAAGGCCAUUGCUUGGGAGAGAUCUGUGACUAAAGUGACCUGUCAGGUUUGCAGGAAGGGAGACAAUGAUGAUUGCCUGUUGCUUUGUGACGGCUGUGAUCGGGGCUGCCACAUGUACUGCCUGAGGCCCAAAAUCACCCAGGUGCCAGAGGGAGACUGGUUUUGCCCUACCUGCGUUGCCAAGGAUGAAAGUAACGCACCGCGCUUGUCCAAAAAGAGGACCAGGGUGAAAAAGAGGAGAUAUGAAGACGACAGCUCUGAUGAUGAGGUGACAACAACAAUAACGCCGUCACGUCGCAGUGGCGGCAUGUCAACGCGGUACAAGGAAACACCGGCACCAUCUUCAACUUCUCAUUUCUCCGGAGAAGGAAGCAGUGCUAAACGCCGCCGCAUGACGACGCGCAACCAGCCCGACCUCACCUUCUGCGAGAUCAUUCUGAUGGAGAUGGAGUCUCACGAAGAUGCUUGGCCUUUCCUUGAACCCGUUAACCCAAGACUGGUACCAGGCUACCGCCGUAUCAUCAAAAACCCCAUGGACUUUCUUACCAUGAGAGAGCGACUGCUGCAGGGCGGAUACUGCAGCUGUGAGGAGUUUGCAGCAGACGCCCAGCUCGUCUUCAACAACUGCGAGCUGUUCAAUGAGGACACGUCGGAGGUGGGGAUGGCUGGACAUGCAAUGAGGCGCUUUUUUGAGAGCCGCUGGGCUGAGUUCUACUCCAGUAAGGAGAAAUAGGAGCCUACAACUUGUUUCCCCUCAUGGUGGGUCUGUAUGCUGUUGGUGCUGUCACCGUCCCAGUCGCACACUCUCUCCAUUACUGCAAAGACUCUCUGGAGCUUCUUCCAGCUAUGUGUAUUCUCUCAUGUAUAGGUAUAUAUGUAUAGUUUUUGGCUAUUUGUCUGUUAUUGUCCCCUCUAAGGGCCUCAUAUUUUCAAGGCCCACAGCUGAACUGGCUUGAACUUCUUGUACUCAUUCCCCAUCACAGAGAGCGACAGCAUGUCUCUCCUCUUUUCAUGUCGUCUCAUCUUCACUUCAACAUCUUCUGUUCAUGUUCUCCUGUCACGUCCUUUCACAUACCCCAUGUCGUAGCGAGGCCUUUGGAUGGGCCCCUCCGUAGGGUGAUGAUACGGCCCCUUGUGUUUUGGCUCUCAGUCUCCCACUGAAGGUCAGGGACUGAUCACACUAUGGCAGCCUCUGUGCUGCACACUGGACCUGCUUGGCACCACAAGACAACUAAACGGAUCAAAAGUCUCCACAGAGCUGGGGCCAUUUCUUACCUGUUCAGUGGAAAUGUAAUGUAACGUGGUCUUAUGCCUAGAAGUAACUUUUUUGCUCAAUAUAUUUUUAUUAUAUAUUCUAUAUAUAAAUAUAUAUACAGAUUACAAUAGCUGGGAUUAUUUAAUAGCAAUAGCUUGUAGUGAAUGUGUACAGAUUACCUUAUAGAGAUGUCUAGACCAUUUAUGAAAAAGGCCAGUUAAAGGAAUCUGUUUUUGGACUGUCACGAGUAGACGUUGUAUAACCUCCACUUAAAGUCGUGCACACACACUUUUCACCGUCACACACAUGAUUUCACACACAUAACCACCUUCUGCUGGUUGAAGACACUGGUUUCUGAAACUGGAGGAUUUUAGCUUGGCUCUGGAGUUCUAGGCUCAUGCUUCACUGCCCCUCUUAUUGAAUAAUCAGAGUUAAUCUUGAUCCAUGCCAGACUGUAUACAGAUGAAAGGAGCAGUUCACAUUAAAAUGUUUCUUUUAUGUGAGACAAAAUGAUGUUUGCAGCUUUUAAUGAAAAUGACACUCAGACUUCUAAAUGUUCCUGGCUUUUCUAAGCAGGAAAAAAACACUUAAAAGUAGUAAUAUCCUCCCAUUUUAAAGACUAGCAAAGUUUCUCUUAUGAUGACAUACUGGGCUCAUUCCCUGCCUGGUUUCCCAUCUUACAUUCCUUUUCGUGUUAUUUUUUUGUGCUUUUUGAGGGCCAAUGUACGGUGUUGCUCGGCAUGGUUGGUGUGCUCUGAAGGCGACAGGACGACGCCACAGUCUGGGUUUUAUUUAAACACGUUUCUUAACACUGAACUCAGAUCCGUUGAUAUAAAAUGAACCCUCAUGUCCCUUAUGACAUUUAAAGGGACAGACGUUUUUUCAAAAAAGAAAAAAAAAGAAGACAUGAAAACCAAACGUGGUGUUACGUGACUUUUUAAUAAUGUACAGUUUUGGUGACUUUAAAUUUGUUCCUUUAUAUUUUUAGGACCAAUUCAUCAUUUUUAAGAGGAGGUAUUACAAGACUCUGUCGUAUUAAGGUGAUGUAACACGUGUGCAUCUGUAGAAUGUACUGUGAGUUGAAUAAAACCACAUCUAGUAGAAAGUA